AUGAACGCCGUGGGGAGGCAGAGAUCCGGUGCAUCGACGGCAAACCACCAGCGGCAGUACUCGGACAACUUGAUAGACACUUCAUCGAAUGGACGGUGGCUACAAUCAGCUGGUCUCCAACACCUACAGUCAAACAAUGCAGUUCCUCCUCUUCAGGAUUUUAAUGGCGGGGGUCAGGGUUCAAGAAUGUACAGGAGUGUGCAAGCACAGAGGAAUUAUAGUGGAGGAAGUGAUUUGUUUGGGGAUCCAUUGACACCAACUGGGGAUUCAUGGCCUGCUGGCCGGAGAAUGAAUGUGGAGGAGCAAGUUUCCCCGAAUGAGUAUAGCCCUGGACUAUUGGAUUUGCAUUCUUUUGAUACCGAGCUUCUCCCUGAGGGGAAAAGUUUUGAUGACUCUGAGCCUUACCUCGGAAACAGCAAACAUGCCAGUAGAGCUUCUGUGACACUGGAGAACAAUGCGUCCAAAAGCCUUGCUGCUGAUAAUGUGAAAGCCAGCAAUGUUGCAAAGAUCAAAGUGGUGGUGCGCAAAAGACCACUAAAUAAGAAAGAAGUGACAAAGAAUGAGGAAGACAUCAUAGAAACGCAUUCUAAUUCUCUCGUUGUUCAUGAGACAAAACUUAAGAUUCUAUGCUGGUCUAUCUUCCAGCUCCUACUGUCUGUCUCUGACCGCCUAUUGCAGUCACUGCUGGACGCCUUGCUAAGUUCUUUUACAGCUGUCCAGAUAACACAUUCGGUGUAUCGUGAAACUGUGGAGCCCAUUGUUCCAAUAAUUUUCCAACGCACCAAAGCAACUUGCUUUGCUUAUGGGCAAACAGGAAGUGGCAAAACUUAUACUAUGAAACCACUGCCCCUUAAAGCAUCUAGGGAUAUCUUCCAGCUUAUGCACCAUACUUACAGGAACCAAGGCUUUUGUUUGUUCGCCAGCUUCUUUGAGAUAUACGGAGGAAAACUCUUUGAUCUACUCAGUGAUAGGAAGAAACUUUGCAUGAGAGAGGACGGAAAACAGCAAGUUUGUAUUGUGGGCUUGCAAGAGUACAAAGUAUCAGAUGUGGAGACAAUUAAGGAUCUCAUUGAGAAAGGUAAUGCAACUAGAAGUACGGGCACCACUGGUGCAAAUGAGGAGUCAUCUCGAUCACAUGCUAUUCUUCAGCUUACGAUUAAGAGGUCAGUUGAUGGUAGCGAAUCCAAACCCCCUCGAGUUGUUGGCAAGCUCUCUUUCAUAGACCUUGCUGGAAGUGAACGCGGUGCAGACACUACUGAUAACGAUAAACAAACAAGAAUGGAAGGAGCCGAGAUCAAUAAAAGUUUGCUCGCACUGAAGGAGUGUAUUAGAGCACUUGACAAUGAUCAAGGCCACAUUCCAUUUAGGGGCAGUAAAUUAACUGAAGUUCUGAGGGAUUCGUUUGUUGGAAAUUCUCGUACUGUAAUGAUAUCAUGCAUUUCACCUAACUCAGGAUCCUGUGAACACACUUUAAACACACUGCGAUAUGCCGACAGGGUCAAGAGCCUAUCUAAAGGGAACAGCUCCAAGAAAGAUGUGUUUUCUUCAAUAUCAAAUCUGAAGGAGUCGACAACACAACCCUUGUCUUCUGCUUUACCACCUACCGAGACAUUUGAAGACAAUACGGGCGGUUCAUGGCCUGAACAAACUGAUAAUGAAUAUUAUGAUGAAGACUCCUAUGAGCAAGAGAAGCCAUCAAGGAAGAACUCAAAAGUCGAGGCAUACAAUUUCUCUAACUCGGAAGAUAAGACGAGGAGAACCAAUGGCCAGACCAAGUGGAAAGAGCAACCUGAGUUGGAUAUUAAAAAUUCAGAAGAUAAUCUGAAUGCUCUUUUGAUGGAAGAAGAAGAUCUCGUGAAUGCUCACAGGAGACAAGUAGAGGAAACAAUGGAUAUCGUCAGAGAGGAGAUGAAUCUAUUGGUCAAGGCAGAUCAACCAGGAAAUCAGUUGGAUGAUUACAUCUCGAAAUUGAAUACAAUCCUAUCUCAGAAAGCAGCUGGUAUCUUACAGUUACAGAAUCGUUUGGCUCGUUUUCAACAGCGCUUGAAGGAGCACAAUGUUUUAGUGUCGUCUGGUUAUUGA